AUGGCUUCUAAGAUCGAUCCAAGUGAUCCUCUUUUUAUCGGCACUUCAGAUAGCUUUAAUGCUGUACUCAUCCCUACCAAACUUACUGGUUCAAAAAAUUAUAACUUGUGGAGUCGUCCAAUGCGCAUUGCACUAUUAGGAACAAGGAAGUUUGACUUUGUCACUAGAUCCUGCAAUAAAGAAUCAUAUAGGGAGAAACUUCAUGAGCAAUGGAAGACAUUUUGGGAAGAUUUGAAAGGGAGAUUUGACAAGGUGAACGUAUGCAUAUCUAUCAAUUGCAUCGUGAAAUCAAUACGUUGUCUCAAGUUUUUGAGUGGCUUAAAUGAGUCUUGUGAUAAAGGUCGAAGGCAAAUUCUUCUCAAGGGAGUCACUCCUACUAUCAAUCAAGCUUAUGCCAUGCUUAUUGAGGAUGAGAUCCAACAUUCCUCUUGUAUGCUUGCUAUACGUGAUAGGUCAGAACCACUAGCCAUGCAGGACCUCUUCAGUGGCAAAGUGAAGGGGAUUGGUAGAUAG